UUCAAAUAUGGCGACUUGUCUGCCAAACAUGCUUCGCCGGCAUGUCCUCAGACGUUAUCCAAUGUCAUUAGGCAUUGAAUGGCCAUUCAUCUGUUCUCACCGCCUCAGUACACGAAAUUACGGAUCUAGACCGGGGGGCUCACACAGAGCAGAUGAGAGAGUAGGCAGAAAACAUGACGGGAGGAAAUCCUUGAGUACAUAUGAGAGAGAAGUGGAAGGAAGGAGGGAGGCGGCACAUCGCACCGUGGUGGUGCAGGGGGUAGAUGAGGACCAGGUGCGUCGGCACCUGCAACAGUAUGGCAUCAUCGAGUCCGCUGUGCAGUUCCAUCAUGCAAGGAAGUCUUUCUUCAUGGUGGAGUACAAGGAGAGGACAUCGGUGGCUGAUUUGAUGGUGGACACCGGCUAUUCAUUUGGGGAGUUCCCAGUCAGAUCCAGAGUGAUGUUCCUAAACCAACACAGUAUUAAGAAAAAAAGAGCACCUCAAAAAGAUAUUACCUCACAUGAACAUGUGCUUUCAAGGUUGAAGGAAUGCGUGUCAAUUUCGGAUCAAAUGGAUGCCCUCCAUCAGUGCAAACGUCUUACUCAGCAAGAGAAACAUCUGCGGUUCUUCAUUGCGUCUGCCAUUGAAGAAGCCUUGUCAGGCAUGCUACCCCACUGCCAGAUCAAGCCAUUCGGGUCGUGCAUUAACGGCUUUGGCUGGACUGACUGUGAUCUGGACUUCACUUGUAAUAUUUUCCCACCUGAUACUCAACUUGGAAGAACAGACAUGAAGUUCAUCUCAGCGAAACAGCAGUACGCCAGGUUGUCAGAAGAUCAGAGGAGUCGGAGGGUGUUGGAAAGCCUGAGUCAGACACUGAGGAGUUAUGUGCCCUUGUGUUCAGAGUUCCAAAACAUACUGAAGGCUCGUGUGCCAAUAGUCAGGUUCAGGCACGGCCUUGCAGGUGUAAGAUGUGACCUCAGUUACCAUGACAGCAUCACACACAAGUUGUCGGAGCUGAUGUUUGUGUACGGAUGCUACAACCCCGACUUGUACCCCCUGAUGAGUGUGGUGAAGCAGUGGGCGCGGGACAAGCUGAUCACUCGGCCCAUGCCGGGGCGCUACGCCACCAACUUCAUCCUCCUGGCCAUGGUGGUGUUCUACAUGCAGACCCAGGAGCUGCUGCCCACCGUCGGCGCCAUGCAGGUUAUGGCAGACUCCAACAGUGAGUUUCUAAAUGGUGGAGAAAGUUUCUACUUUGUGCGAGAUAUGGACAGUCUGCCCAAACCCACAGACACAAGAACGCUAGAGGAAUUACUUCAUGGUUUUUUCUCUUUCUACACUAAAUUCAACUUCCGACGACGGAGGAUAUCUCUUGUGACGGGCACCAGUUUUGACAAGACAAGUGACAGUGCCAUGCAGAUAGAGAACCCUUUAGACAUCACCCUCAACGUCAGUCGGAGCAUGGCGCCAACAGAGGUCAUCAAACUGCAGAGUGAGAUGCUCAACGCAUUGAGGACUAUGGACACUCACAGCAGAUCUAGCAGUUCAGAGGACUGGGGAAUUAUGUGUUUGUUUUCUAAGGAGGACUCGGCACAGUCAGCAGCUGUACAUACAUCAUCAAUCUUAGACUCUAGACAGAAGCAGACGCAUGACAUUUUGAAGACUGAUGGAGACUUUCAGACGUCUGCCUCUUUCCUCAGAUGACCGUGAGGGCAGUGUAGUGUGUUAUGUCAGUCAGACGUCUGCCUCUUUCCUCAGAUGACCGUGAGGGCAGUGUAGUGUGUUAUAUCAGUCAGACGUCUGCCUCUUUCCUCAGAUGACCGUGAGGGCAGUGUAGUGUGUUAUAUCAGUCAGACGUCUGCCUCUUUCCUCAGAUGACCGUGAGGGCAGUGUAGUGUGUUAUGUCAGUCAGACGUCUGCCUCUUUCCUCAGAUGACCGUGAGGGCAGUGUAGUGUGUUACAUCAGUCAGACGUCUGCCUCUUUCCUCAGAUGACCGUGAGGGCAGUGUAGUGUGUUAUAUCAGUCAGACUCUGCUCUGUUCUGUAUCCUGGGUUAACUGUACAGACAUCUUGGUUGGAUGAAGCACCCUUGAAAUGCCUGUUCAGACCUGUAGGUCAGUCAGUUGGCUAGCAUUUGUUUGGUUGUUCUAGUCUCAAAAAGACAUCUGUUUGUGAAAUAUUAGGGAUAAAAUCUUUAGUGAUUAUGAUAAAGGUAACUUCUGAGUUCAUUUCAGAUGAAUGGUAAUAUUGCAACCUACUUAUUCAGAUCUGAGUUUAAAAACCAUAAUUAUGAGAAAACAUUGUCAUUAACAGUCCAUUGUCCAUACACAUUUUUUAAUCAUCCAAGUUAAACUCUUGUGGUCUGUAUCUGGUUGACUGCGACAACACUUGAAUCUUUUCAAUUGACAAUACUGUUCUUAACAGAUGCAGGAGAUGAUAUAGCCUGGAUGUUCUGGCAUAUACGGAUGGUUAUAUCAUAAAGAGGAAUUGACAAUCUCUUUGCACAUUGUGUCCAGUGGGAAUGACAUUGAAUGGCAUGGAAUAUAUGACAGACACAAUUCAGUGUUAUUAAUGUUACCGAAGCCAAGAGACUCUUAAUGCUAAUAUGGAACAGCGGGAUCAGAAUUUACAAGGACUAUAUUUAUUUUAUGGUUUUUUUAUGUUGAAUUUAACAAAACAGUUCAGUGAUUGUCACAACACAGUGCAGAGAUGAAGUAACCAUGGUAACCUAAGGAAAAUCUCUCAGUUCAUGAUUUAAUCUCAUGUAAAUAUUUUGACAUAUGUAUGUACUCAUGUCAUUGUCGGGACUGUUUCUGAAGUGAUGUUUGCUUGGAAGAGGUAUUUUCAGUUCUAUUUGAAUGCUCGCUAAGACACUGCUGUAAUAUGUUCAUGUUUAAUAUGAAUUUAACAGACAUUACAAUUUGAAAGAUUU